AUUAUCCAAACUAAUUGCGUAUAUUGAUACAGACGUGCCGUUUACUUUAACUACUUAUUCACAUUUCAAUUGACACGAUAAAAAUGCAAUAUAUUGUUGAACUGGUGCAUAUUAAUGCAGUAGAUUUAUUUCAUAAUUAAAUUUAAUUAGCACAAUUUUUGAUAGAUAAGAAGGGUCUCUAUAUUAUAGACUAUACAUAUCGCUCUGUAUAGGCAUUGAGAAUUAAGUUAAAUCAAUACAAUCUCUCUCAACAUGGAUGCGUGCACGUAUAUUUGUGUGCGUGCAUGCGUGCACGCGAUGUGUGAAUGCGUAUGCACGCGUGUGUGUGUGUGUGUAUAGACGUCAUACGUUAUUUCUCUCGUAACUUCUUUAAAUUGCUUUUAAUUAAACAAAACAAUUAUAAACGCUCUCAAGAAUAUAAUCAAAUCGAAAUAAAACAUGACACUAAUAAUAUGUAAUAGCCAAGCACAAGUCAGGCGCAAACACCUUUUAAUUAAUACAAAUGAUGCGUUUGAGUGCAAUUUGAAACUUAUUCUUUUCGAAAUAAUUUAUAUUGUUGGAUUAAAGUUAAGAGACUAAACUUCAACAUUUUUUUGCAUUGGUCGCAUUUUUUGCGCAAUAUUUCAAUUUGUGCAGGUAAUUCUUGAUAUUAUAAUACAAUUAAAUGUGUCGUAGCCUUGUUAACUUAUCGUAAUGGCGAAAUACUUUGUUACCAAGAAAAAGACAUUUACAUUAUGUGAUUGCAUGAAAUCAUAAUUACUUUCAUAACAAUAAUCACAACGUUUGACAUAAUUGCGGCAAUUAUGACAUACAAUAUUGUAAGCAUAUACAUUAUUUAAAAUAGCAAAAUAUUGUCAUAAAUAUAAGCGAUCUACACUGUACAAUCCAUUUUGAAGGGAGUGACGCACGCUCCCUACGAUGCACCAACAAGAACUGAAACUUUUUCUUACUGAAGAAAAAAGAAUCGUGACUGCGUUUGCGCAAAACAAUUUUCAGUCUUAUACGUUUUAAAGAAACAUAUACUUUCAAUUACAUAUAUUAAGGUAAUUUCAACUAAUUCGUUUUUGCCUAUAUCCUGAAUAUAUAAUUUCUCACUAUUGGAAAGCUGUAAUCAUCAUUUGAGUACAAUUGUAUACUAUAAUAUCGAUCAUUUGUAAUUCAUAAGAAAUUUCGAACAAAAAAUUUAUGGUAGUAUGAAAAGACCUAUACCAGUUGUGUCGUCGCUCUCGUAUAAGAUGUACGCGACAGAAGAAUACGAAAUUAAUCGAAUGCUUCUUGAAAUACUUGGCUUAUGGCCUUACCAACAAUCGUAUUUCGCGGAGAUACGAAAAGUGUUGUUUGUCAGUACUCUGUCGGCAUUUAUUAUUGUCCAGUUGCUAGUGUUCAUCACAAUGCAGUAUAGUGUAAAUCUUCUCAUGAAGAAUCUCUCAUUAACGUUGCCUGCUCUUUUCUGCUUUGUUAAGUAUUACACUUUUAUUAGACGAGCAGACGUUGUAAGUUUAAUUAAAACAAUCUUUUCCAACAUAUUGUAACAUUGAUACAAUAACAUAUGAACCAUACAAAGAAUUAUAUUUAAAAUCAAAGGAAUAAACAGGUUAAACAAAUGCUGGAGCAAAUUCAAGAUAACUGGAGAAUAUUAAAAGAUAAAUUAGAAAUAAAUAUUAUAGAGAAAUAUUCUUUUAUCGCGAGAUUUCUCGCAGUAAUUCUAUUGGGCUUCUGCUGUUUUGGAUUAAUCAUGUACACAUUAAUGCAAUUUUUACCACUAAUUCUUGAUACCGUCAUACCGUUAAAUGAAUCACGUUUACGUCGCCCUAUCUUGAUCACAGAAUAUUUUAUCGACCAAGAAAAGUAUAUGAAUGCUAUAUUGUUGCAUUAUAUACUAGCCGUAGCUAUAGGAAUAGUCGCACUUUGUGGCCCUACUAUGACAAUCUUAACGUAUAUUCUGCAUUCAUGUGCACUGUUAGAUAUCGCAAGUUAUCGUAUGGAAAAUGCAAUUAAUCGGAGUAUAUUAGCGAUUCCGAGUCCUACACGAGAAUAUCUCCUUUACCGAAGGAUUGUACAUGCGGUUUCUAUACAUCGAAGGGCCAUCGCGUCAGUAUUUUUAUUUUUUUAUUACUAUAAAACUCUUGCUCUAUAUUUAUUCAUUAUUCAUUAAAAGCGGUUUAUUUAUUUAUUUGAGAGCUAAAAUAUGUUAAAGAUGUACAACUUAUUUUAAGAAUAUGUUUGAUGAAUAUACUAUGCAGUCUUUUAAAAACACAAUAUUUUUAAAAUGUGGAAUGAAACAUUCACCGUCAAGAUUAAACUUAAGAUCAUAAUCACAUUUACUUAUCAUACUGAAGCACAAAAAAUGAAUAUAUCGAAGUUUACGCCUAUCUGUUGGUACUGUAACAGUUCUAAUACUUAAUAUGUGGUACUUAAUGACUAUAUU